CUCUCAUUUGCAUGUAGGUCCUAUUUAGUCUCUCUCUCUCUCUUCUGGUUUGUGGGUAUAAUUCCUUUUUGGGUUUUGGGCUUUCUUUUUUUGGUUUUAUGAGUUCCUCUGUUUCUCUCUGUUUUUUCAAGAAAUGAUUUGGGUUUUCUAACAGUUGUUAUAGAGCUUGUAUCACUGUAACCUUCAAAACCCACUACUCUCUCUGUCUCUGGUGUGCAUGAUGGAUCUUAGUGAAAAGGAAUCAUUGUCUGUGGAUGUGAUUGAGAACAAGAAGUGCUGUACUGUUUGCAAGACCACAAAGACACCCUUGUGGAGAGGUGGGCCAGCUGGGCCCAAGUCACUGUGUAAUGCCUGUGGGAUCAGGGACAGAAAGAGGAGGAAUUCUAUGAUGGGUUUGAGUCAUGUAUCAUAUAGGAAAAAAUAUAGAUCAAAUGCUCGUGCUACUACCACUGCCACCAAAUCCAAUUCCAAUGUCACAACCUCAACCACAUCCACUGCUAAAGCUGUUGGCAAUGGUGGCAGAAAUCUGAGAGAGUCUUUGAAGACAAAAUUAAUGGCUUUGGGAAAUGAUUUCUUGCUGCAAAGGUUACCAUCAGUGAUGAAGAAACAGAGGUGCCAGAGGAGGAGGAAGUUGAAGGAGGAGGAACAAGCUGCAGUGUGUUUGAUGGCACUGUCCUGUGGUUCUGUUUUUGCCUAACGGUGGAAACACACAACAAAAUGUUGAUAAGAUAAAGAAGACCCUAACCACUUACCAGUAACCCCAACCAACAAGUAUACCUUUUAAUACUUGUCCUUCUAGCUUACUUUUUUUUUACUUUUUCUUUGAUUAAAUGAAAUGAAAUGAAAGGAAAUGGAAAUACCCUUGUGUAUGUAAUUUGGGUUUUCCAAAGAUAGAAAAGAAAGAAGGGAAUCGUCAAGGAAUUGAGAGAUAAAUGAUAGAAUGACAUUCCUGUUUUUGGUGACAUAUCUUAGUAAUAUUGUACAUAUACUUGGAAGCAAUGAUAUAUCAUCUUUUUUUUUUU